AUGGGGCUGGCGCGUUUAAUACGACCAGCUGCAAGUUCUUGGAAAGGAUACCAUUGCUGCCAAGAUUUACUCAAGCCCACUGAACGGAAAUUUAGAAAACCAAGACAACAGAACACCAAGCCGGAUCGGUCUAAGUACGGAAUAGCAACCCACGCGCACCACACUGUCAGUCUUCAGGGAGCUGAAGCGCCACCACAAGGAAAUCAUCGUACUAGCCGGGGUGAGGUGGUUAGGCUUCAGAUACGGUACAGCGGGGAGGAUUCCAAACAUAGCCGAGUGAAUGCGCUCAUCGCUAGGAAGGGGGUAGCAAAGAGCGUCAUCACGUGCACCCCAGUCUACGGCAGGAUCAUAUCCAUCUUCGAAACCACAACGGUAAAAGUCGGCAUUGGACUUCUAGCGAUCGAUGAGUUGGAUCUGAAGAACCAGAUGUUUACAGUUGCUGGAUGGAUGACUCUUGAAUGGGAGGACGAAAGAUUAAUUUGGAACCCGGACGACAAAGAUGACAUAGAGAGCGCCUUCGCACCGCCCGAUAAAAUUUGGAAACCGGAAUUAGUCAUCGACAACUCGUUGGAAGAACUCGGCGUAAUAUCUCUGGACAAUCUCAAUCUCAGAUACGACUCUAACGGCGUCGUAGAGUGGGAACCGCCAAAACUAUUUAAAGUCCACUGUCAGGUUGACAUCACUUACUACCCGUACGACCAGCAGAAGUGCGCCAUAAUAAUAGUCGGGUGGGGUUACCUGAAGACAGAAGUGGAUCUAGCGUUCCAAGAUAAGGCAAUAAACCUUGACGACAUUGAAGCACACGGAGAAUGGAUAGUCACUAAGACGGAGAGCAUAUCGUCGGAGCUGACAGAGACACAGGCAGACGGAACGACUCGAGUAUUUCCACAACUCGAGUUCUGGAUUUAUAUCAAGCGGCGGACCGCAUUUUACAACCUGAACGUGAUCAUGCCGGUGGUUGUGACGACAUUUCUUGUCGCAUUCACAUUCAUCGUGCCGUUUGAAUCUGGCGAGAAGCUCUCCUACAUUCUCACGGUGUUUCUGUCACUUGCUGUGCUUCUUACCAUCACUGCUGACUCGCUUCCGCCAACAUCUAUCACAGUUUCCGUUUUAGGUAUGUACCUGGGCAUAGUCACCGUCCUGGCUGCAGUGGGUAUACUGAUGACCAUAAUGCUGUGGAUGGUCUACAAUACGGAAGGAGACGUCAAUCAAUCGAAGUCCGGCUCCGAAGGUUGCGUUCUGCACUUUCUGAAGUUCGCCGCUUGCUGCAUCUGCUCGUCCAAACGUCGCCUUAUCAACCGCGUUCUACGAAGGAGAGGGAAACCUUCAACGGCCCAGGUUGCACCAACAAAAGGAAACCAGCCAGUCACCGAUAGCUUUGACGAAGAGGCCGAUAUGACCUGGAAGGAGGUAGCCAUUGUCCUGGACAGAUUCGUGUUUGUCGUAUUUCUAGCGGUGACAAUCUUCAUGAACGUGGGCUGCCUGGUAGGAUUGAUGGUGGGAGCGGACCAAAAGAAACUAUGAUGACGUCACCGUUAUGACGUCAUACGCGCUCUAGAACAUACAUCCGUUUAAUGGUUUACAAUUUCAAAAUUCAAAAUAAUUUAUGUUGUUUUUCGUCCAUUUGGUGCAAAAUGGAUUAAAUAGACGAAUAAUACGUUUCUUAUCGUUAAAUUGUUGUAACCUGUACAAACGAACGCAAAAUGAAUUGACUGUUGGUUUAGGUAACACACUCAUAUUUUGACUUCUUCCUUCUUCUUAUUUUUUUCGUCAUUGUCUGCUUCGAAGUUUUACUUUUACUUUCAUGCGUUGUUUGAAUACUUUAUACGAAAUAUCGUACAUGUUAUUUUUUCAGUUGUCUAUCUGUGUGAACUGGUUUUCUUUUUAUAAUUUUAUCUCGUUUUUACUUGUUAGUUUUCAACCAUUUUUCGCCUUUCCACACAUUUAGUUUCGCCGUUCCGCUAAAAAAGAACUGUAUUAAUGAACAAAAAUCAUGUUAAUAGAGAUCUACAUAUAUUAAUACCACUCGGUUUUCUCAGAACGAUACUUCUGUAUUACGUGUUGUUUAAAAGUCCCACAAUAAUUUUUAUUCACAUGAGACAAGAAUAACGACUAAUUUCAUUUUACGUAGUUUGAUUGAGUAUAUUAAGUUUAAGGUAUGGA